GCAACGCUCACCUACUUGUGGUACCAAGAGAACAAAGGCAAAGUUUAAAAAAUGCCGAUUACCAAUCUCCUGACAUUUUGGAAAGGCAGGGAGAGAAUGGUUCUGAAUGCAAUGAUCGCACUGACAACAAUUUUUAGUCAACAAGUAUUUUCGUUCUUCACCUUCAAAUGUCCAUGCAAGACGACAUUGAAUUUAUACUACGCCCUGUCUUUUAUUGCGGUCCCCGCAUUGGUCCUGCUGAUUCUUGGAUAUGCCAUUAAUAAUAUGACCUGGAAAUUAAUCAUGAGUUUUAGAAAUGGAGCCCAAUUGAAGCUUAAUAGUUUCAAACUAAUCUGCUAUGUCCUGCUCAGUGUAACGGGAAGAGCUGUAAUCGCUCCAGUGACUUGGGUGGCAGUCACUCUGUUAAAUGGUUUGUAUUAUCAGUGCGGCAUGAGUGAGUUUUUGUCAGUGAGCAGCUGGAAUGUGUUUCAGAAUAUCACCCUUCGUGAGCGGAAGGACAUUCUCGCUCGCUUUCCCUGUCCGAAAGUGAGCAUUAAGGAGAUACAUAACAUCAGUGAAAUUAGAAAUGAAGGUAACCGGAUUCUUCUGUAUCAGUCCCAGGUGGCUGGAUGGAUUUUAAUUGCUUCUGUGACUAUCAUUGCUUUUUUGACUGUUUGCAUUCCAAGAUAUUGUUCUCCGCUCAGCUUUGUGCAUCUAAACUACUGGGCACAGUACCUAGAAAAUGAAAGUUCACUGUUUCGGGAGACGGCUAAAAGACAUUCUCAACUUUAUGUUUCAAAGCACAUCAAGAAAUUCUUUGGAUUUACAGCACAGGACAAUGAAGUGAAGAAGAUCCGCUUGCCUACCAGAAAGGACUGGAGAAUGAUCUCGGGCAUUAAUUUAUUCACUAAACUGCAGCAUGAUCCCUGUCAAUACAGUCUCUUACACACAUGGGCUGAUGAAACAACUGCAGGUGGUGAAUAUAUUCCAGUAGAUAAUGUAAUGUCUGAAACAUACAUUUUGCAUUGAAUUUCCUUGUAAAUACAAUCAUAACAGUCACCCCAGAAAUACAACCAUUCUGAUCUUAUGAUGACCCUACCAAAGUUUGCAGAUUCUGCCACAUGCUCGGCAGGUUUCGCUUUAAACUCCCAGAGCUUAAGUUUUUUUUGGAUGUUUGUGCACUUCUUCUGAUAUCUCAACUUCAGCUCAACAUACUUCCUGCAAAAAUCCAUUGGUGUGUUUCUUCUGAGAUGAUCCUUUUUUUUCCCAGUCAGUCAAAAGCAAGGGUCUCCCAUAAGUCAACGUACGACAAAAUUCCAAUUAGAGCAGCUGCUUUGGGAGCUUGGUGUCAUGAACACAAGUUGCAAGUUCCAUCCAACAGAGCUAGCUCUGAGUAAUUAUCACCUCAGUGCUGAGCAAAUUGGCCUUGUAGUGGAUGCCUCUGCUCAUCCAUUUUUCUUGUUAU